AACCACCAACACAUAUAUUCUCAUCUCAACUGCCUUGUUAAGCUUAAUUCAUAGUAUAAGCUAGAAAACAAUGAAAAUGCAGCCUUUUGCAUUUAGAUCAGCUGCACUUCUGUUCUUAGUUAUGUUUCUGUUUGUAAACGAAAUAUCAUGUAAUUUUCUCAAACAAAAGAAACUAUAUGAAUUCGAAACCAAGCUUCUUCACAAAGCCUCAGAAGCAGCAGCUGCUCCAACGCCUUCAACCAGUCCUAAGAGUUUUGGAAGAGUGUUUUAUCCGAUUGGGUACGGAGCUGACCCGACUGGGGUGCAUGACAGCAGUGAUGCAAUACUCAAAACAAUGGAGGCAGCCAUAGCGAGUGAAAAACAAGGGCUGCAACUCAUGCCGGGGAUUACAGACAUGGGGGGAGUUCUUAUUGAUUUACAAGGUGGUAGUUUCAAGAUCAACAAGCCCAUUAGGCUCCCUGCUUAUACCGGCAAUCUCGUGAUGCAAGGAGGGACAUUUCGCGCAUCAGAGUCAUUUCCAACUGAUCGUCAUUUAGUUGAACUAUGGUCACCACACUCUGUCAAACUUGAUGAUCUAGAGGUGGCUAAUCUGGAUGGAUUCUCGGACCAGAAAGUCCAAGCCAAUGGGAUCUACUAUGAGGCCAUCACUUUCAGAGACAUUCUCUUCGAUUCAGCUUUCCGAGGAGGGGGGAUUUUUGUUGUUGAUUCUGCUAGAAUCCGAAUUGUGGAUUGCUUCUUUCUCCACUUUAAGACACAAGGCAUUCAAGUGCAAAAAGGCCAUGAAACUUUCAUUUCAACUUGUUUUCUUGGUGAGCAUCCGACUGUAGGGGGCGAUAAAGGUGAAAGGAACUUUGAAGGCACGGCUAUUGAUCUUGCUAGCAACGACAAUGCAGUCACUGAUGUGGCUAUUUUCUCAGCAGCCGUUGGAAUUACAUUGAGAGGACCUGCUAAUAUGAUUACAGGUGUACAUUGUUACAACAAAGCUACCUUUUUUGGCGGUGUUGGAAUCUUGGUCAAGUCCGGACAGACUCGAAUUGACAAUUCUUACUUGGAUUACAAUUCCAUAAUCAUUGAGGAUCCUUCUCAAGUCCAUGUCACUAAUGGAUUUUUCCUCGGAGAAGGAAAUGUUGUUCUUAAAGCGAUUAGAGGGAAGAUAUCUGGACUGACUAUUGUUGAUAACAUGUUCACUGGAAAUGCUAAAAGUUCCAAACCAACUAUAAGCUUAGACGGGAAAUUUACAGAUAUUGAUCAAGUUGUGAUUGCUCAGAACACGGUGAAUGGAAUGAGAUUGAAAUCCACGGUUGCAAAGAUGGUUGUGGCUGCAAAAGGGAAAAAAUGGACAGCGGAUUUCUCAUCACUCCUGGUGUUUCCUAAUCAAAUAAAUCAUGUCCAGUACUCGGUUUAUCUUCCGGGAUCUGCAGGAAAGAUUGCAGGGCAUGCCUUGACAAAGAUCGCGGAUAAUGUUGUGGUUGUUGAAAGCGAGAAGGAGGUUACUGGCUUUAUUUCUGUGGAAGUUGAUCAGUAUAAUAUGGCUGAGGAGAAGAAUCUAUUUAUUUAAGCUGCAGGAAAUCUUUUUAUUCUUAGUCUCAGACAAGGGACAUAUGAGCAAAGACUCAUGAUGGUGUGGUGCAUUGUUGGAUGAUUAUUAUUGUAUGAUCUAAUUAUAAUGAUUAAUAACUAAAUUGCAGUUCUCACUUUGGUUUCAACCUCUGAUUCAG